GCUCUCUCAGUCGUCAGUCGUCGAGCGAAACUUGAUCCGUGCACGCCGAAACGUUUCUACGCGCGCCGAACGUUACGCCUGCUAUCUGCGCAUCACCAUCGCCACCACCACCACCACCGAUCCGGCCGGUGUGCGUUACCAGCGAAGCUUUUCCUGCGCAGACCAACCAGUGCGAUCACUUCAUUCUGUCCGGUUCCGUCAACGCGAACGGAUUGCACGAUUGCUGUGCAGAGCGCGAUUUUCCAUUCAAUUUUUCCGCACGUGAGCAACAGCAAAAGAGAGUGUGCAAAGAAAGGUGUCUGGGUAGCUUUUUUGGUAGGCUUUUUUUUAGAUUUGCUGUUUAAUUAAAGUGAGAAAACAAAGUGUUGGCAAGUGGUUUGCAAACGGUUUGAAGUGCAAGUGUUUUCCACCGCUUGCUUCGAUAGGCGAGCUGAUAGUUUUGCGUGUGCUUCCCUGUGCUUAGUGACAGUAACGUUCAAGCAGAGCAGCGUGGCAGCUACUGGGAGCACUUACCCAUCUUCGACACGACACGAUGUUUGGCAAUCGAUUUUCACUGUUGCUGCUCGGCGCUACCCUCGUGCUUGGGUGCGCACUGGCGGAGAAGGCACCGGCCACCGUCGCGAAAACCAUAUCGACCGACCACGACACGAACGCGAGCCCCGGAGCGUCCCUGGUGACCGGAAAAGCUGUCCGGCUCGGCAAGGCCAGCAAAAAGUCCACCCCGAUCACGUACAUCAAGACGCUCGCGAUGGACAGCAGUGCAGCGCAGUCGAACGAGCUGGACGCAGGAGCGCACCAUCACGGGCCGCACAAGAACGCUAAUCGGUUCGCGCCGAAAUCGCUGGACGUUUCCUCCAAGAAGGAUCUGAGCAAUGCGGAGCUGUUCGGCAAGCUCGGCCUGGGCAAGGUACGUCCCGCGACCAACCACCACAAGAAGCGGCUGGCGGAGGAAUCCCGCCACUACGGCCGUCCGGACGAUUCGCACAUGUAUGUCAUCAAGCUGCCCCCGAAUCCGUACUACUACACGAACAACGCCCCGCUGAACAGCAUUUCGGACGUCGGCAAGCAGGUCCCGGUUGGAUUCAAAUCGAACGGCAAACCGGCACGCAUCUACCACUGGAACAUUCCGGUGCUGAAGAAGAUGCUCGGCGCGAAGCAGAGCCGCCAUCCGAACUCGCGCCGCCACGAUGACAUCGACGAGCUGAUCGACAUUAAGGAAAUUCCGACCUGGAGCAAACCGUGGGAGGCGGCACCGCGCGAAAAGUCGCUGCUGAAGAUGGGCUCGCACGAGCGCGACGGGUCCGAUGGGUCGGGCCGGCUGGGCAAGCGCAAGUUCCCGACGUACUACGCGCCGGCCAAGAGGCAAACCGGCGGCGGCAAGUCGAAAAAGCACGCCAGCGGCAAGUACAGCACGGGUAGCAAUGGCAAGCCUCAGAGUUUUUAUAUUCUGGGCGACAAGGGCAGCAAAACGAAGAUCGUGAGCCACGAGAAGGCGACAGCGGGGGUGUAAUAUGGGGCCGUGGGCAAGCGAUUUAAGCUUAGCAAUAGGUAUUAAGCUUCAUACUAACUAAGCAUGAGGAAGAGCAUGAAGGGAAGAUAAGAAACAGUAGGGUAGAUUGGAGAGAACCUCAACCAAACACCAAGCUGCUGUGGCGGGUGG